AUGUUCCCCAAGCUCUUCAGCAUCGCUCUCAUCGCCGUCUUCGUCGGUCAGUCCGUCGCGGCCCCCAUGCCCAUGCCCCUCCGCCGUGCCAUCGCUCAGCGCGAACCUCUUGAGACCAUCCCCGCCUACAGGCGUACUGUGCCGCUCGACCAGCCAGCCAUGUCGGGCCCCAACGGCGAGGUCGUUCCUUUCGUCAAUCCCGAUGCCGGCAAGACCAAGCGCUCUGUCCCCCUCGACCAACCCGCCAUGUCUGGCCCCAACGGCGAAGUCGUUCCGUUUGUCAACCCGGACGCUGGAAAGGCCAAGCGUAGCGUCCCUCUCGACCAGCCCGCGAUGUCGGGUCCCAAUGGCGAGGUUGUCCCCUUCGUCAACCCGGACGCUGGAAAGACCAAGCGUAGCGUCCCUCUCGACCAGCCCGCCAUGUCCGGCCCUAACGGUGAAGUCGUCCCCUUCGUCAACCCGGACGCUGGCAAGACCAAGCGCUCUGUCCCCCUCGACCAGCCCGCGAUGUCUGGCCCCAACGGGGAGGUCCUCCCUUUUGUCAACCCCGACGCCGGAAAGACCAAGCGUAGCGUCCCUCUCGACCAGCCUGCGAUGUCGGGUCCCAAUGGCGAGGUUGUCCCCUUCGUCAACCCUGACGCCGGCAAGACCAAGCGCAGCGUGCCUGUUGACCAGCCUGCGAUGUCGGGUCCCAAUGGCGAGGUUGUCCCCUUCGUCAACCCGGACGCUGGAAAGACCAAGCGUAGCGUCCCUCUCGACCAGCCCGCCAUGUCUGGACCUAACGGCGAGGUUGUCCCCUUCGUCAACCCUGACGCCGGCAAGACCAAGCGCAGCGUGCCUGUUGACCAGCCUGCGAUGUCUGGUCCGAACGGGGAGGUUCUCCCUUUUGUCAACCCUGACGCCGAGCAGUAA